AUGGUACUGCAGCAAAACGACACCAUUCUUAGAUUACUACAGCACCAGGCUACUCCUCCAGGCUUGGAGGAAGCCAUUGACCUGCCACUUGCAGACCUCCCGCAGCUGUUGGCAAUGGAGGACAAGCUUGGCUCACCAGAGUUCCGCUGUUCACUGACUAACUACCUAGGGACAAUCGGGGGCGCCAACGUCCAGGACACGACUUCCCGCAUAUUAAAAAAAAUUCUGAGCCAUUCACUGGCCCAGAAAAUGAAUUGGAGGGGGGUCAACGGCAAGACUGCCCUGGCCACCCUGCAUUUGCGCAAGGUUGUGGUCGGGGGAGUCGCAAAUAUUGAUUCAACCGAUGACGGGCCGCCGGCCCAGCCAACUGUGGGCCGAUUCAUGGGUGAGGUAAUGGCCCGAUGGUGGGCCAGAGAAACUUUGCUACCUGGGCAGGACUCCCCGGGACCAGGACUCCCCGGGACCAGGACUCCCCGGGACCAGAGUGAGGACGCGGGACCAGGACUUCCCGGGACCAGGACUCCCCGGGACCAGAGCGAGGACGCGGGACCAGGACUUCCCGGGACCAGGACUCCCCGGGACCAGAGCGAGGACGCGGGACCAGGACAUUCCGGGACCAGGACUCCCCGGGACAAUGACUCCCCGGGACAAGGACUCCCCGGGACAAGGACUCCCCGGGACAAGGACUCCCCGGGACCAGGACUCCCCGGGACCAGAGCGAGGACGCGGGACCAGGACUCCCCGGGACCAGGACUCCCCGGGACCAGAGCGAGGACGCGGGACCAGGACUUCCCGGGACCAGGACUCCCCGGGACAAGGACUCCCCGGGACAAGGACUCCCCGGGACAAGGACUCUCCGGGACCAGGACUCCCCGAGACCAGGACUCCCCGGCACCAGAGCGAGGACGCGGGACCAAGACUCCCCGGGACCAGGACUCCCAGAGACCAGGACUCCCCGGGACCAGAGCGAGGACGCGGGACCAGGACUCCCCGGGACCAGGACUCCCCGGGACCAGGACUCCCCGGGACCAGGACUCUCCGGGACCAGGACUCCCCGGGACCAGGACUCCCCGGGACCAGAGCGAGGACGCGGGACCAGGACUCCCCGGGACCAGGACUCCCCGGGACCAGAGCGAGGACGCGGACCAGAGCGAGGACGCGGACCAGAGCGAGGACGCGGGACGAGGACUCCCCGGGACCAAGACUCCCCGGGACCAAGAUACAAGAAUCUUAUUCACGUCUCAAGGACCCGGGACCAGGACUCUGAGGGACCAGAGCGAGGACGCGGGACCAGGACUCCGCGGGACCAGGACUCCACGGGACCAGGACUCCGCGGGACCAGGACUCCCCGGGACCAGGACUCUCCGGGACCAGGACUCUGCGGGACCAGGACUCCCCGGGACCAGGACUCUGCGGGACCAGGACUCUGCGGGACCAGGACUCUGCGGGACCAGGACUCUGCGGGACCAGGACUCCCCGGGACCAGAGCGAGGACACGGGACCAGGACUCCCCGGGACCAGAGCGAGGACGCGGGACCAGGACUCCCCGGGACCAGGACUCCCCGGGACCAGGACUCCCCGGGACCAGAGCGAGGACGCGGGACCAGGACUCUCCGGGACCAGGACUCCCCGGGACCAGAGCGAGGAUGCGGGACCAGGACUCCCCGGGACCAGGACUCCCCGGGACCAGAGCGAGGACGCGGGACCAGGACUCUCCGGGACCAGGACUCCCCGGGACCAGGACUCCCCGGGACCAGGACUCCCCGGGACCAGGACUCGCCGGGACCAGGACUCCCCGGGACCAGGACUCCCCGGGACCAGGACUCCCCGGGACCAGGACUCCCCGGGACCAGGACUCCCCGGGACCAGAGCGAGGACGCGGGACCAGGACUCCCCGGGACCAAGACUCCCCGGGACCAAGACUCCCCGGGACCAAGAUACAAGAAUCUUAUUCACGUGCUCGACCCCCGUUACAUUCUACCUGGCCGAAAAUAA